AUGAUAAGACAAAAUCCAGUUUCUACUGAAUCAAUUAAUAAUCUACUAAGUGUUUUAAAUUCAUUUAAUCUACCUGUUAGUCUUGAUACGAACGUUAAGAAAACAAUAGUAACUAUUGUAAAUACUUUAAAUUCUUAUCCUGGAUCACUUUUAUGUGCUACAACUAUUCUUUCUCAUAAUGUAUUUUCUAAACUUUUCGUAUAUUAUCGUUUACUUCUCAAAGAAGGUCGACAAUUAAUUCAUAUUUCAAACGAUACUAAUCAAUUAAAAUCUUUAUCAGAAUUAAAUACUUUUUUAUGUCAAUUAUCAAUUGGUAUUACAAAUACAAAUAUUCAUAUGUUCAAAAAUUUCUUCUUGAAAAAAUCAUUUAUUGAUGAACUUUGUGAUUGUCUUAAUGAUAUAACAAAUGGUCACAUAGAAAAUUCUUUCUUUAUGUCAAUUGUCGAUUCAAUGAUUGCAGCAUUUCAUCGACUACAUGAUAAAGAUAUUGACAAUAUAGCAUAUAAUCCUAUUCAUGAACAAUUAAUAAAUUCUAUUGUACAAUAUAUUACAUCAAUUCAUUUUAAUAAAGAUAUAGCGAGUGCAAGUAUCACUUCUGAACAACGAAUGAUACUGAAAAAUUGUUUACAUUAUAUGGCAAAUUUGAAAACAUCAUAUGGACAUCAUUGGCAAACGAUUAUAAGUCGAUCACAACUUCAAUCAUUUGUUCAAUGGUUUAAAAAAACAAGUCAAUUGUCUGUUGAUUGGUGGACACCAUAUAAAAUAACUAUUAUUGAUUAUUUUAUAACAAUAUUUUCUAUUCGAUUAAAUGAUCUAAAUAUUAAUGAGGAAGAAUUGAAUUUAUAUACGACCUUACUCAAUCAAUUUGCUUCUAUUCUUCUUCUAUCAAAAGAUUCACAAAAUUAUCAUUUAAUCGAUAUAAUAAUUAAACAUUUAUUUAUAUUUUCAAAUUAUGAAUUUUCAUCACAAUCGAAUGCAUUUCAAAUUAUUAUUCCUUUUCUUCAUGAAUUAACUUGUGAUGUUUCUCUCUGUUCAGAACAAGAUGAUAAUGCUGUAUUUUAUGCUUGUUGUUUAUUAAUAAAAUUUAAUUCAUAUGAUGAAGAUGAUAUUGAAAAUUUAGUAUUCAUUCUAAUGAAUUCUCUUUUAAAAACAUUAAAUAGAAAUCAAUCCAUACAAGUUAAUAGAAUUCUUUGUUAUUUAAAAUCAUUAUUAUUACGAUAUGAAUUUCAAACAAAGCAAGAAUUAAACAAUUCACAAUCAUUGUCUUUACUUCGACAAUGUGCUACAAACUUUGAGUCAUUUGAUGCAACAAUUCGUCAAAUAGCAAUCGAUAUUUUUUAUUCUAUUAUGGUAAUACCGAAACAAGAGACGUAUACCAGUAUUGAUUCAUUAACAAGACAAAUCAUAACUACUGAUGUUCCCAUCGAACAAGUUGUCAUUUAUGAUUGGUCAUUAGAUAAUUGGAAAAAGACAGAUGAUGUUAAAACAGUUCUUAUACCAAUUAUUCUGCAGGAUUAUGAAGAAAAAAAAUUAUCUUCAACUAAGAAGCAAAUUCAAGAAAGAAUCAUAAAACUAAAUCGACAACAUAUAGCAGAACGUAAUAGAGAAGAUGUGACUAUUGUGUGGAUGUAUGAUGAUAAGACAAUGAAAAGUAAUGAUCUACUUAGAAUUCGACGACAACUAAACUUAAUCAGAUAUCAUAUAAAAUAUUUUGACAGUAUCAAAAGUCUUAAUGCAGCUCUUAAUUUUAUUUUAUGUAGACAGUCGGAAUAUAUUGUUGUUCUUAUUGAUUUUGUUGCUCUUUAUUCUAUAAUUGAUCAACUAUUUCGUUCUCCACACUUAUUAUUAUCUGUUUAUGUAUAUAAUUCAACAAAAGAAAUUCCAAUGGUUUCAUUUGUUUCAUCCGAUAUACAAUCUUGUAUAACUUCAUUUGCCGCAGAUAUUGAAUUUACAACUAUAUACAAUGUUGAAUUUGCUUUCUAUGAAACAAAACAAACACAAUCUGCAUGUGAUUUAACUAAUUCAUCAAGUCAUUUUCUUUGGCUUUUAUUUCUAGGUGAAAUUCUUUCAACAAUUCCUGCUGGUAAUCAUUAUGAUUUUGUGUCAGCAGCUCGAUGUUGGUAUUCGAAGAAUGUUGGCGCACUUAAUGAAAUAGAUUAUUUUGAAAUGAUGUACAAUAAUCAAGCACCAGAUAUUUGGUAUAAUUCAAAAAAGUCAACUUUAAUUCAAAGAAUUCUACAAAAUGCUUUUAAACAAGGCAAUAUGGAUAUUAUUUAUGUGGCUCGUUCGAUUAUUAUUGAUUUAAUGAGAAAAAUUACAUUUUCUUAUACAUCAAAUGAACGAUGUUGUGUCUUUGUUGGUACAAUUAUAAGUAAAAAACGUAUUGCAUUUUUAUAUAAACAUCAAGAUGUUCUUUUAACACCAAUUGGUUUUCUCAUUGGACAUACAAAUCGAGAUAAAAUUAUUACACAUCUUCAAAAACAGAAACAAUCAAGUCAAAAUCUUCUUGGAAAAGUUUUAUUUGAAAUUAAUACUAUUAAUAUUCCAAUAUUAAAUCUUUCCGAUGAAAAUAUUCUCUUCAAUAUUGGUGUUGUUUUUCGAAUUUUGAAUGUGGAGUUUGAUUCAAUUCUCGAUAUCUAUCAUAUUCAUCUUGAAACGAUCACAAAUGAUGAUAUAACUGAACAGUUUAUGAAAACUUAUAUUUAUCUGAAAUCUCAAGUUGGUGAAUAUAUCAAUCGAAAUAUUCUUUUUGGUUUAUUACUUGUCGAUAUGAAUUGUAUUCGAUCGGCGAUGAAUUAUUUCCUUUAUUAUGAUUAUCAUGCUUCCGAUAAUAGAGAAAUCGAAAUUCAUAAAUUAGCAACAUUAGGUCGAAUAGCUCUACGUUGCAAUAAAUUACUUGAUGCUGAAAAAUUUCUUUUGAAUGCAUGUGAUUUACAUAAGAGAAGUCAAAUAUCCAUAGAAGAUUCUUUUAUUGGUCGUAUUCGACUUGAUCUUGUAUUAGUCUUAAUACAACAAAAUAGACAAAACGAAGCGACAGAUCUUUGUCGAGAAACUUUAUCGAUUCUAUGUGAUUCACCACAAAACUUAUCUAUAACACUACUCAAUCUAGCUCAAAGCAUAUCAAGUCUUUGUAAUAUCAAGCUCGAACUAGCAAAUACAUCAUUUACUCAAAUAAUACAAGAAUAUGAAAUAAAGAAUUAUCUUUGUCAACAUCCAGUUUUGAUUGGUGGUUGCGCGAUUGAAAUUGGAGACAAGUAUCGAGCAAAGGAUCUUAUUGAUAUGGCAUUAAAAUCUUAUUUAUUUUCUUGUUCAAUUAGUGAUCGAAAUCAACCAAUGAAUCAUCCAAUGAUACUUGCUAGUUUGCAUCGUCUUAGUGAGUUAUUGAAUCUGACAUCGGUAGCCGAAAAAUUGGAAACUAGACUUACUCUCAUGUAUCAAGAAAUUCUAAGUGAUGAUGCUAAUGAUGAAUUGAACAAAAUUAUUGCCGAUAUUGGCAGACGUUUAGCUCUGCAUUUUAUUAAAAUAAAUGAUCAUUCUCAAGCAAAUCGAUGGUUUGAGAUGUGUCUUUCUAUCUAUCGAAAACAAUGGCCUUUACAAGAGCAACUUAUUCAUCAAUGUCAAGCUUAUUGUUUCAAAAACGUAUUUGGCUCUCAAAUGCAAAUACAAGUCAAAACUCCAACAGAACACGAUUCAUUGCAAUUAAAUGAUAUUGCCCGUAGUGUGUCAUAUAUGCGUCUAAUAACUAAGCCAUUACUACGAGAGAAAGUUGAUGAAGAAAAUCAUCGAUGGGAUGAAGCAAUGGCAAAAUGGAAGCAUAAUUGUGAAGUUAACUCUGGCGUUGUGGUUCGUAAACUAAUUGUCUGGAUUGAUCCUGAUCUUCAGCAAAAGAAAGAUGAUAAUGCAACUUAUACAAGACUUUGUACAUGUGAACAUGUUGAUUUUCAUUCAUUCGAAGAUGUUGAUUCUGCAGUAUUUUAUCUUAUGCGUAAUUAUGAAUUUAAUCACGCUCAAAUUAUUUUAGCGAACACUAUAGCUGAUGAAUUUUUUGACAUGCAAGAAAUAGCACGACUUCAAACUGUAGUUUGUUUAACUAUGUGUAUUUUUAUAUAUGAUGCAGACGAACAAGAAGAAAUUGAUCGUUACAAUCAUUAUCUUACUUAUUUACCAUGUCGUCGAAAAUGUCGGUCGGAAGAACGAUAUCACUAUGAACAAUGUCUAAUUAUGUCGAAAGAUGAAUAUCUUUUACAGGAAUUUGCUCUUCAAACAGAUAUACUUGGUUCGACUAUUGCUCAUAUUAUUUGGCUAGUCGACAUCGAAGCAUUCGGUAACAUGUUUUCUGGUACAGUGGAUCAAGAGAAACAUGAUAUCAUAUUAACGGAUGAUAUUAGUGAUCAUGAUCAUAUUGAAUUCAUCGGCUAUAUUUCUGGUUAUGGCAUUUCAAUACCAAAAGUAUUACAUCAUUUACGUUUUCCCGAACCUAUUCACAUGCCAAAAGCUGAUGUUCAAAUGGCAGCGCUAGUUAUAUUCGGUCGUCGUCAUAACUUGACCGAUCAACAAAUUACUAUUCUAUGUCGAUAUUUUGGAACAGGUAAUUGUAUUCGUUCAACAACAUUCAUCAAAUAUCUUGUUCGUUUAUGGUCUCUUGAAUCACCGAUUUCAUUUUAUCGUUUGGUCAAUACUGCAUUAGCUGAAUGUUCCUUGAAUAAUAUACAUUGUUUACGUUAUAUUAUCUAUGACUAUUUUGAAAUGUUCUAUACAAAAUUACUUCCAUACUUUUCAGGUAUUCUUUAUCGAGGCAUAUCAAUGUCAGAAGAAAAUAUUGCCAUACUUAUCUCGUUGGAAGGACAAAAGAUUUAUUUUGUCUGUUUUACAGCGACAUCAAAAAAUCGUGCACGUGCUCAAGUUGGUGGCAAUGUCUUAUUCGAAAUACAAACACUUUCAACUGAAGGUCAAGAAGCACAAAAAUUACAUUCCAAUGCUGAUAUAUCAAUUGUUUCACAAUUUCCUGAAGAAGAAGAAGUUCUCUAUGCUCCACUUGCAACAUUUCGUCUUAUUAGUAUAGUACGUGAUGAUAAUGAAUAUGAUAUGGAACAUUAUACAGUCAAAUUACAAGAACUUGGAGGUAGUUCAUUUCUGUCUAUAUUACAUUUAGACAAGAUCAAACGAAUGCCAAACGCGUCACCAUUCCUAAUCGGUACUGACCAUUGGCAAAUUCCCGUUAGUGAAGGUAAACGUUUGUUUUCACUAUUUCUAGACAUUUAUUCACCAGAUUUUUUCUACCUUAAUAUUUUAAAAUCAGAUCGAUAA